GUGCUGCUGCAGCAGGUGCUUCCCUUCAACUACUCGUUCGUGCUGCACACAUCCAACCCCGUCACACAAACGCCGGGCGAGAUGCUGGGCGAGGUGGUGGUGGGUAUGGGCGAGACGCUGGUGGGCAACUACCCCGGCCGCGCGCUAGGCUUCACGGCGGACCUGCUGGACGGAGGCAGCGGUGCCGGCCCCACGCUGGUGUCGCUGCCCUCCAAGCGCACGGCGCUGCGGGCGCCCGGCGCCGCCACCCUCAUUGCGCGCAGUGACGCCAACGCCGAGGACCUGGAGCAGUACGCCGCGGCGGGACUGUACGACAGUGUGACGCUGCAGCCGCUGGUGUCCACGCCGCCCGACUACGCCUCGGAGCCGCUGAUGGGAGACCCGGGAGCGCGCACAGACAUGCUGGGCCGCCUGACGGGGCUGGGCAAGACCGUGCAGGUGCGCGCGCGCGUGUGUGUGUGUGUGUGUGUGUGUGUGUGUGUUGCAACGCGGAGGCGGAGACGCUGCAGCGCGCCAGGACACGCUGGCGAUGGGUAACUGUGGAAUGGAGGCAUUCGUAGCUC